AUGUCUGCUCAAGUCGCUCCCAACAACUCGCUCGCGACAACGCCUGCCGAGGGCAACGUCUCCUUCGUACUGCAAGAGAUCGAGAAGGUAUCGUUCGAGGACCGCCCUGUCGUCGCCCCCAAGCGCGGCCAGGUGCAGGUCAACAUCCGACAGACGGGCCUGUGCGCCUCGGACUGCCACUACCUUCACCACGGCCGUAUCGGAGACUUUGUCGUUCGCAAGCCAAUGGUCCUUGGCCACGAGUCGAGCGGCAUCGUCACCGCCGUCGGUGAGGGCGUCACCACGCACAAGGUCGGCGACCGUGUAGCGCUCGAGCCCGGUGUUCCUUGCGGCGGCUGCCACUCGUGCCUGCAGGGCAGCUACAACCACUGUCCGGACCUCGAGUUCGCCGCCACCCCUCCCUACGACGGCACCCUCUGCACCUACUACAACAUCAUGGCGCCGUUUGCCCACCACGUUCCCGACACAAUGUCGCUCGAGGAGGCCUCGCUCAUGGAGCCCCUCUCCGUGGCUGUCUACUCGGCCGCCAUUCGUGGCCAGGUCAAGGCGAUGGAGAACGUGCUCGUCUUCGGCGCCGGCCCCAUCGGCUUGCUCAACGCUGCCGUCUGCAAGGCCUACUCGGCCAAGCGCGUCGUCGUCGUCGACGUCGUGGACAACAAGCUCGAAUUUGCAAAGGGCUUCUGCGCCACUUCGACAUUCAAGCCCUCGCUGCCUAAGGAGGGGGAGGCGAAGAUUGACGCUGCCACCCGCAACGCUCAGGACCUCAUCAAGUCGAUCGGCGACGAUGUUGGUGCUCAUGAGGGCUUCGACCUCGUGCUCGAGUGCACCGGCGCCGAGCCCUGCAUCCAGAUGGGCAUCCAGGCGCUGCGUCCCAAGGGCCGCUUUGUCCAGGUCGGCAUGGGCAGGUCCGAGGUCGAGUUCCCAAUCACCCGCGUCUGUGUCAAGGAGAUCGACGUCACCGGCUCCUUCCGCUACGGCGCCGGCGCGUACAAGACCUCGAUCAGCCUCGUCAGCACCGGCCUCAUCGACGUCACCAAGAUGGUCACCCACCGCUUCCUCUUCAAGGACGCCAUCAAGGCCUUCGACACCACAACAAAGGGCGUCGGCGAGGACGGCAAGACCGCCAUCAAGGUCCAGAUCAGCCAGGGCGAAGGCAAGCACUAG